AUGGACGGCUCCAAGAGGUCGCAGCUGCGGGUGCGGCUCCGGGUGACGGCACGCCGGCGGGGCGGCGAUGGAGCGGACAGGGCCGGGCCGGGCGGUGGCACUGGGGGCGAGCGGAAGCGGCGCAUGGACGCCCCACUCAUCAACUCCGCGGCCAAGCUGCAGCGCCGCGAGAUCGGGGGGCGGCAGCUCGCCGCGCGCGGCGGUGGCGCCGCGGCCGCCGUGCCUGAGCGGUUCCGGAACAUGCAGCUCCAGGAAGAGUUUGACACAUAUGAUCAUGAUGCUCACCUAUUUGUGAAGCUACAGUUUCUCAAAAAAAGAUCCAAAAUUAUUGAGAUCGUCGCAGCAAAAGAUAUUAUAUUUGCUCUUGCUCACUCUGGGCUUUGUGCUGCUUUUAGUCGAGUAACAAAUAAGCGGCUAUCCUUCUUGAAUUUAAGCCCGGACGAAGUGAUCCGGAGUUUGUUCUACAACAAGAACAACGAUUCACUUAUUACUGUCUCAGUUUAUGCAUCAGACCAUUUUAGCACAUUGAAGUGCAGAACAACCCCAAUCGAGUAUAUAAGGAGGGACCAAUUAGAUGCUGGGUUUCCUCUUUUUGAAUCGGAAUCUCUGAAGUGGCCUGGCUUUGUUGAGUUUGAUGAUGUAAAUGGAAAAGUACUCACUUACUCGGCCCAGGAUGGUAUCUACAAGGUUUUUGAUCUGAAGAACUAUUCCUUUCUAUAUUCAAUACCUGAUACCAAUGUGCAGGAGAUAAAGAUCAGUCCAGGAAUCAUGCUCUUAAUAUAUGAUCGAACGCCAAGUUAUGUUCCUUUGAAGAUAUUAUCAAUUGAAGAUGGAAAGCCACUGAAAUUAUUCAAGCACUUGUUGCACCGCGGCAAGAAAAUUGAUUUUAUUGAGCAAUUCAAUGAGAAGCUCCUUGUGAAGCAAGAGGACGAGAACCUUCAGAUACUUGAUGUACGAAGUUCUGAGCUAAUUGAAAUCAGUAUUGAGAAGUUUAUGACCCCGUCAGCAUUCAUUUUUCUGUAUGAGAACAAUCUCUUCUUGACAUUCCGAAACAGAACAGUUGCUGUAUGGAAUUUCCGAGGAGAGCUUGUUACAUCAUUUGAGGACCAUUUGCUAUGGCAUCAAGAUUGUAGCACCAACAAUAUUUACAUCACAACUGACCAGGAUCUGAUUAUAUCCUACUGUAAAUCCGAUGCAGCGGCUGAUGACGGUACAGCUUCUUCAAUUGGAUCCAUCAACAUGAGCGACAUUAUGACUGGCAAGUGCAUUGCCAAGAUUGCAGCGAAUGAUCCUGCACUUACUAUCGCCCCUCGCAAGAAUGGUAGCCCUUCAAUCUGGAGUAGUAUCCCAGAAGCUCUGGAGGAUGUCACAGCACUGUUCUACGAUGAGGACAGGAACGAGAUCUACACUGGCAACAGUCAGGGGCUGGUGCAUGUAUGGUCCAGUUAG